AUGGUCCGCCUGCUCGCCACCCUCAUCUUGGCCUCCUUCUGCAUCUCUGUGUGGUCGCUGACGAUGAAGAUGUACAAGGCGAGGGCCGAUCCUCCUUCCACUGGCAAAUUGCCCAUCUACUUGGCUAUGCAACAGGGUCAUGGUGGACGUGGUGCAGAACAAAUCGAGACCGUCUUGCUGACCACCUACGAGGAUGGGAAAUUUACGGGCGAUACGGCCGUCUACCUCGAAAGCAACACCGAGUUUUUUAUCAGGGUUUUGGCCAUCUCGGAGGAGAUGACGUUCCAACUUUGUGAUGAACCGAGCCCCAAGCCUGGUCACCAGUGUUCGACAUGCGGACGGUAUACGUUGGAGCUGCGGGGCGAGAACCCAUAUGUGAUGCCGGAUCGUAUCAACAUCACUUGUCGGAGGGGCGAGCAUAACCUCCAUCUCACCAUUGGGCAGGUUUGCGAUCCGGGCUUUGAUGGUGUGCUGUGCCGGGACAAAUGCAAGUGCCCGGAUUGCGCCCCUUCCUGCGACACGCCAGCUCCCACUACCUCGCGCAGUCAUCACCUCUCCAGUUGGAAUUUGGUUAUUGCAUCUAUGAUUCUGAUCCUGCCACUC